CAGACGAGGAUAUUUACCAGGGUGGAGCGAUGAGGUGUUUAUGGUGUCAAAAGUAUAUCCCUCUUAUCCAACUACAUUCGAGCUUCAAGACCUUAAAUCAGAAGCUAUAAAAGGACGAUUUUACGCAGAAGAACUCCAGAAAAUAUUGAAACGCCCUGAGGAUUAUUGGCAUAUAGAAAAGGUGCUUAAAACAAAGGGCAAAGGUACGAAGAAAGAAUAUUACGUGAAGUGGAAAGGCUUUGAUAAUCGGUUCAACUCGUGGGUAAAAGCAGCAUGGAUGAAGUGAACGAUUUUUACAUUACGCUUCCCAGCAACUCUAGCAUGGAUUACUUUCCAAAAAAUACGCAAGCAUCAUUCAGAACGAAAUUAUCUCGUCCAAUAAUACUAACUGGUGAAUGGGAAGUUGGUUUAUCAGAAAUAUUCGUUCCUCGAACCUGGUUCAACAUCGGAAAUCAUAAUAAUAAAUAUUCGAUAACUUACGAGGAAACAAAAUUGGUGGAAAAGGAUUUUCUGGAAUACUCAAUCAGAAUAAAAAUUGAACAGGGAACUUCUGAUGAGGAUAUAAUCGAUAACAUUAACCAAAGUAUUGAAGCAAUAUGUGGACAUUUCGUCUCUUUCGAAUUGGAUCACAAGAAUAUGAAUAUACUUAUUGCUCCGAAUUAUGAACUACACUUGACAGCUGCUGAUUCACCAAGAUUGUUAACUAUGUUAAACUUACCUAGAGAGGAUAGAGUUAUAAAAACAUCGGAAAGUUUUAUGUACAGAAAACCAUCAAAGACAAACAAAGACAAUAUUUUCAAAAUUAUCGCUCGAAAUAUGAAAAGGCAUUUUAUAAUUCGCGUCACCAGGUUUAAUCAUAAGUAUACUGAUAUGAACAACAUACAUCACGAACUCUUUCAGCAUAUAAAUCAUAAUCUAAUGCAGACCGGUAUAGGAGGUGCAGCGGAUUUUAUAUUCGACUUUAAAGAAGAUAAAGUAGAAAUAACGGUUCAAAAGAAUGUUGAACUCGAGUUUAGGUUAUUAUAUGCCCCGUUGUUUAUGCGAAUGUUGGGCAUGACGAAAGAUAUUGUUUUAACGGGUAGAACGUUACAUGUUUUGCAAAAAAUUGAAAGGCCUCCUAUGAACGAAUACUUCCGCGUGAGCAUUACGGAUAAACCAACAAUUCCUGUGAAAAUUAAAAAAACAGAGGAUAUGGAACUACAAGUCGGAUUUUAUAAAAACUCAGAGCAGUUGUUUGGAUCUUUUAAACACCUUGCUUUUAAUCAUUUAGCGAACAAUAAGAUCAAAAUUCAUAUACCAGAAAAUUCAACUCUGACUUUACAAGAAGGAUUAAGAGAUCUUUUAGGUUUCAAAGAAUCCACAUUAAAUGGCGGAACUCAUAUAUCUGACUAUCAAUUGGAGUUAGAUGGAGGAAUCACCGAAAUUUAUGUCUAUAGUGAUAUCAUAGAAUCGCACUUUGUAGGGGAUACAAUUGCUCCUUUACUCCGUAUUAUUCCUGUUAUGUCGAAAAAAGAAGACCAAAUAGUAAUAAAUUAUCAAAGACCGCUGUAUUUUCCUUUGCGCAAAAAUUAUAUCGAUUGCAUAGAAAUCGAAUUGAGAAGUAGCUCUGGAGAUGGUAUAAUUUUUACCAGUGGGAAAUCACUCUUGGUUCUCUCCUUCCGUCGCAGAACACUAUAAAACUAUUACUUAUUUUGUGAUGAAUCAUUUUAAAUCCGAUCGUGAAAGAGAAUGCAUUUGGAUCAAAAAGCUUGUGAAGAUUAUUACUGCUCGCAAGUGCAGGCUGGCGGUGGACCAUAUUUUCAGGGUGUUGGCCACCAAAGAGGAUAUGGAAUGUUUUCAAAUUUAUUUCGAUUUAUUUCUCCCAUAGCACUGAAAGCUGGAAAGUAUUUAGGAAAACACCUUCUAAGCGCAGGUUCAAAAGUAAUGUCAGAUGUUGCUUCAGGUUCAUCUCUUAAAGACUCGGCAAGAUCGCGAUUUCGCGAAACAUCAAAACAAAUAAAAGACGACAUUAUUCAUAAAAUUCAGAGCGGUUCGGGUAUAAAAAGAAAGAAAUUACAGAAGAAAAAUCAUUCGCAACGUGUCAAGCGGAGCCGAAAGAAAUUAAAGAAAGCAGACAUAUUUUCAUAAUGGAUUCCCGAGCGUGUGCUUGCUUGCAGAGUGAAUUAGACCUUUUUAACGUGAAUCCUGUACAAUUAUCAACAGAAGACAGCUCAUUCACUGAGAUUUUUCCUGUUGCAUCUCUGAAUGAAAAGACGCCAAUUGAAUUUUACGUAAGCGGAAGUGGUGAACAUUAUCUGGACUUAUCCCAUACACUUCUGCAUCUACAAGUGAAAAUUAAAAAGAGAAAUGGAGCAGUAAUUGGAACGCCUGAUCAAGUGGCUCCUAUCAAUUAUCUCCUUAAUACGCUAUUUUCUGAAUGUUCAGUUACAUUAAAUGACAAGCAGGUUUCUUCGCAAGCUAACUACGCAUAUAGAUGUAUUUUCGAUGCUUUGCUUUCACCUCGAGCUGUUCAAGAAUCAAUGCUAACAUCGGGUCUUUUCUACAAAGACGCUGCUUCUAAGCAUGAAUCAGUAGAACUAGCUAAUGUUGGUGAUAAUGCAAAUUCCGGUUACCAAACUAGAUAUAACAUCUGCAAAGAUAGUAAACUUAUAGAUAUGAUAGGUCCAUUACAUUUCGAUCUAGGCAAUCAGAGCAAAUGUCUUAUAAAUUCGGUGAAUCUUCGGAUCAAAUUAGAAAGAAAUAAGGAUUCUUUUGCUCUGAUGUCAGCCACGCAAGAUUUUAAAGUAGUUAUAUAUCACGCAUCAUUAUUUGUUAGGAAAAUUAAAGUCGCUCCCUCAGUCGUGAUUGCCCAUGAAUUAGCUUUAAGCAAGGGAGUUAUAAAAAUGCCUAUUCGCAGAACAGAAGUGAAAUCAUUCGCACUUUCUUCAGGAAUGCAAUCAAUAACUAUCCCUAAUGCGUUCAUUGGACAAUUACCGACACGACUUAUAAUGGGUAUGGUAUCUAAUGCUGCAUUUAAUGGGGAUUUUUCAAAAAAUCCAUUCAAUUUCAAGCAUUAUGAUUUAUCAUAUCUUUGUAUAUUAGAUGGCAAUCGUAUGAUUCCGUCAAAGCCCUUUCAACCAAAAUUUGAUAAUUCUAACAGUUACAGCAGAUGUUAUAUGAGUCUAUUUACUGAUUUGGGUAGAUAUCAUAAAGAUCAAGACAUUAAUAUAAGUUACACUGAAUAUAAAGAUGGGUAUACGCUGUUCGCUGUAGAUUUGACGCCCGAUCUCAACGCGGACGGAAUGCACGAAAGUAUUUCACGCAAUGGUAAUUUAACUAUUGAUAUAAAAUUCAGCAAAGCAUUAUCUGAAACUGUAAAUUUAAUAGUUUUUUCAGAGUAUCGAAAUACUAUAGAAAUCGACAAAAGUCGCAGUAUUUUUUCAGAUUUUUGAAAAUGGAUAGCACAACUUUGUGCAGACUUGCAUGCAGCGACUUCCGUCUACGUUCUAAAUUUGGAGGCGUAUACGCUUCAGAUGAAUUGCCUAAGACAAUAGAUAGUUAUUCAUGUUUUAUUGUAAAUUUAGAUCCUAAAACAAAACCGGGAAGUCAUUGGGUUGCAAUAGCAUUUCGGAAUAACAAAUGUUACUAUUUUUGUAGUUAUGCUUCUGUGCCGAAUAACAAAUAUAUUUUAAAGUUCAUAGAAAAUAACGCUGCAAAAUUUGCUUGGAACAAAUGUAGAUAUCAAAGCUUAGUGUCGUAUACUUGUGGUCAUUUUUGCCUUCAUUUCUUGUACAAUUUUGUGAGAAAGCAAACUUUGUCACCUCUAGAUUCUAAUAAAAUUGAAAAUAACGAGAAGUUUAUUAAAAAAUUUGUAGCUAGCAAAUUUCGUUUACAAAAUUGCUGCUUUUCUCCAUAUUCAAAUCAAAUUUGUGAAGCUCGUGAUUUCAGAAAUAGACGUCUUUAGACAUGUUUCAACAGAAUAUAAUUAUAUAUGCUCUCUCUAUAAAUUUAACAUAUUUUUUUGGAGGUCACUUUUCAUACAGAGCAUAUAAAAGAGAUACACUAACUGUGGAAUUCUCAUUGUGCUUCAACUGAUUCAGCAGAAACGAUGACUUCCGAACUGAGAUAUGGCUUUAUGUACUUGAAGCGUACUGGAUCAGCUUAUAUGAUUCAUUGCUUCACCGAUUCCCUUUACGAAAAUAUGAUAUCCUGUGUUCAAGCUGCGAACUCCUAUCAAAUGGAUACAGUCGAUUCAGACUGCAGAUUGAAGAUUGCCUAUUUCAAGGUUCUCAACAAUAAUGAUAUUGUCAGAGAACUCCAUAACGGUUCUGCUAUGAAUUAUCGACAGACAUUUGAUUGUAAAACGUAAUACAAAGCGAACUUCGGCGAAUCAAUUACUCAUGAUUCAAAGAUCUGCAAUGGAAUUGUUGACAACUUCAAAGAAAAUAAAUGUAAAUACUAAACUAUACAGCUAAGAUACUGAGAAUAGCUCAGCAUUGUAAACUCUAUAUAAAAUUGUAAUACUAAGCAGCACUAACUGUCAUUUAAUGUAACAUCAUCAAUGAAUCGAUGUUCUACAUGCAUAAGCAACACGAAGAAACUGAUUGUACCACUCGAUGUAAUAUUUUAACAAUCCCUGAAUAAAAAUAUAAUUUAACUGUAUAAUUGCGUCUGUCUUAUUUUGCUUCGCUACAUCAGUAUGUUUUUUGUAAUAUCCUAUAUCACCGUAAAAUUACGUUGUUUUAUUCUCAAGGUGGUGAAAGUGGGUUAAGGUAGGAAAAUGCACAUAAAGUUAUUUUAAAAUUACUUUAAGGUCACCAGUUCAGGGAGAACAAGGCGUUCCUGGGAAAUUCUACAGAUAAUAAACAAUUAUUCCAUUGCCACUUACAUAAACAGGGGUAUAAAUAUAAGCUACAUCAGCCUUUGUACAUAUACUACCGAUCUUGUUGAAGACUUCAUCUUCAUCUCUGUCUCCGUCUUCCUCAGAGUGCGUGUAUCUAAGUACUACUCAGCUAUCAUGGACAGUCACAAAGCGAGCGUCAGCUUAACUGAUAGCGAUUCAGACGGCGAGCAGUUAUUUCCCCUUCCUUCCAAGGAAAAGCAUACAAGCGCUAAAAGAAAAUCAAACGAUGAGAAAAAAGAGGAGUCCACCAAAAGAGCAAAGAAUUUCGAGUAUAAUUUUUCUGAUCCGACAGAAGAGAAAAAGCUCAUACCCCCAAUAAGCGCUUACCUAGGAAAAGGGAUUAACAU